UACUGUGAAACUCUAUCAAUGCUCUGAAUCAUAUUUUACAUUUCCAAAUUGAAGUAUUUGUAACCCUAUGUUGCUUUUUAGGUGGUUGACUUCUAUGACUACUACAAGGGUCAAAUGGAGGCAUGGGAUGGACCGGCCUUGCUUUUAUUCAGUGAUGGAAAAACUGUUGGCGCAUGUCUUGAUCGUAAUGGCCUGAGGCCUGCUAGGUAUUGGAGAACAUCAGACAAUGUUGUAUAUGUUGCCUCAGAGGUUGGUGUUCUACCAGUUGAUGAAUCAAAGGUUAUCAUGAAAGGCCGAUUAGGUCCAGGGAUGAUGAUAACGGUUGAUUUAGUUGGUGGUCAGGUUUUUGAAAAUACUGAGGUUAAAAAGCGAGUAGCCUUAUCAAAUCCGUAUGGGGAGUGGGUCAAGGGUAACUUGCGGUCUUUUAAGCCAGCAAACUUCCUUUCGGCAGCGGUCAUGGACAAUGAUGCAAUAUUAAGACACCAACAGGCAUUUGGUUACUCAAGUGAAGAUGUCCAAAUGGUGAUUGAAUCUAUGGCUUCUCAAGGAAAGGAGCCCACAUUUUGCAUGGGAGAUGAUAUUCCACUGGCAGCAUUAUCUCAGAAGCCACAUAUGCUUUUCGAUUAUUUCAAGCAACGAUUUGCACAGGUCACAAAUCCUGCUAUUGACCCUCUUCGAGAAGGCUUGGUUAUGUCUCUUGAAGUCAAUAUAGGGAAGCGAGGGAAUAUAUUGGAAGUUGGACCAGAGAAUGCCUCACAGGUUAUAUUGUCUAGUCCUGUGUUGAAUGAAGGGGAUCUUGAGUCAUUGUUGAAAGAUCCCCACUUAAAACCGCAAGUAUUACCAACAUUUUUUGAUAUAACCAAAGGGGUUGAAGGUUCGUUGGAGAAGGCAUUAGAUAGACUUUGUGAAGCUGCUGAUGAAGCUGUCAGAAAUGGCUCACAGCUGCUUGUUUUCUCUGAUCGUUCAGAUGCACUAGAACCAACUCAUCCAGCAAUCCCAAUCCUUCUUGCUAUUGGUGCUGUUCAUCAACAUCUAAUUCAGAAUGGCCUACGCACGUCUGCAUCACUUGUAGCAGAUACUGCUCAGUGCUUUAGCACUCAUCAGUUUGCCUGUUUGAUUGGAUAUGGUGCAAGUGCCGUGUGUCCAUACUUGGCAUUGGAGACAUGUCGGCAAUGGCGUUUGAGUAACAAGACUGUUAAUCUGAUGAAGAAUGGAAAGAUAUCAACUGUAUCAAUUGAACAGGCGCAGAAGAACUAUUGUAAGGCUGUUAAAGCGGGUCUUCUUAAAAUUCUUUAAAUGGGCAUCUCAUUACUUUCCAGUUACUGUGGUGCACAAAUAUUUGAAAUCUAUGGAUUAGGAAAGGAAGUUGUUGAUCUUGCAUUUAGAGGAAGUGUAUCAAAAAUUGGUGGAUUAACUUUUGAUGAGCUGGCAAGAGAGACUUUGUCUUUCUGGGUGAAGGCAUUUUCUGAGGAUACAGCUAAAAGGCUAGAAAAUUUUGGGUUUAUACAGUUUAGACCUGGAGGGGAGUAUCAUGCAAAUAAUCCAGAGAUGUCAAAGUUGCUCCACAAAGCCGUUCGUCAAAAAAGUCAAAGUGCCUUUUCAGUGUAUCAGCAGCAUUUAGCUAAUCGGCCUGUUAAUGUUCUGCGUGACCUCCUUGAAUUUAAAAGUGAUCGUGCUCCAAUACCUGUAGGAAGGGUCCAACCUGCUUCAUCAAUUGUUGAACGCUUUUGUACUGGUGGCAUGUCACUUGGAGCUAUCUCAAGAGAAACUCACGAAGCAAUUGCAGUUGCAAUGAACCGACUAGGUGGAAAAUCCAAUUCAGGGGAAGGUGGUGAGGAUCCCAUUCGCUGGAAGCCACUUACAGAUGUUGUUGAUGGUUAUUCUCCUACUCUGCCACAUCUCAAAGGUCUUCAAAAUGGUGAUACUGCUACUAGUGCUAUCAAACAGGUUGCUUCAGGGAGGUUUGGUGUCACCCCAACAUUCUUGGCAAAUGCCGAUCAAAUAGAAAUUAAAAUUGCACAAGGUGCAAAGCCUGGUGAAGGAGGACAGUUGCCUGGGAAAAAAGUUAGCAUGUAUAUCGCAAGGUUGAGAAAUUCUAAACCUGGGGUUCCUCUUAUAUCUCCACCUCCUCAUCAUGACAUCUAUUCCAUUGAGGAUCUUGCUCAAUUGAUCUAUGAUCUCCAUCAGGUGAACCCUAAGGCCAAGGUCUCAGUGAAACUGGUGGCUGAAGCUGGAAUUGGUACUGUUGCAUCUGGGGUUGCCAAGGGUAAUGCUGACAUUAUACAGAUUUCAGGGCAUGAUGGUGGAACUGGAGCAAGCCCAAUAAGUUCUAUCAAGCAUGCUGGAGGUCCUUGGGAACUUGGUCUUACAGAAACUCACCAGACACUCAUUGAAAAUGGGCUUAGAGAAAGGGUCAUUCUCAGAGUUGAUGGUGGCUUUAGAAGUGGAGUUGAUGUGAUGAUGGCUGCCGCAAUGGGUGCUGAUGAGUAUGGCUUUGGUUCAGUGGCCAUGAUUGCUACUGGAUGUGUAAUGGCCCGCAUUUGCCACACCAAUAAUUGUCCAGUUGGUGUUGCGAGUCAGAGGGAAGAACUGCGUGCACGUUUUCCUGGUGUACCGGGUGAUCUUGUCAACUACUUUUUGUAUGUUGCUGAGGAGGUAAGAGGCAUAUUGGCACAGCUGGGUUAUGAGAAGUUGGAUGAUGUAAUUGGCCGGACAGACUUAUUGCAACCACGAGACAUAUCUCUAGUCAAAACUCAGCAUAUAGAUCUCAGCUAUAUUCUCUCUAACGUUGGGUUGCCAAAAUGGAGCAGUACAGCAAUUAGGAAACAGGAAACUCAUACCAAUGGUCUGGUUUUGGAUGAUGCUUUGUUAGCUGACCCAGAGAUUGCAGAUGCUAUUGAGAAUGAAAAAGUUGUCAACAAGACUGUUAAAAUAUUCAACAUUGAUCGUGCUGUAUGUGGGCGUAUAGCUGGUGUUAUUGCUAAGAAGUAUGGUGACACUGGUUUUGCUGGACAGUUGAAUAUAACAUUUACAGGAAGUGCUGGCCAGUCGUUUGCAUGCUUUCUGACCCCUGGAAUGAACAUUCGCCUGGUAGGAGAGGCUAACGAUUAUGUGGGGAAGGGAAUGGCUGGAGGUGAGUUGGUUGUCACGCCAGUUGACAAAACAGGGUUUCAACCUGAGGAUGCAACUAUUGUGGGGAACACUUGCUUGUAUGGGGCAACAGGUGGACAGGUCUUUCUUAGAGGGAAGGCUGGGGAGCGAUUUGCUGUGCGAAACUCACUUGCUGAAGCUGUUGUUGAAGGCACUGGCGACCAUUGUUGCGAGUACAUGACUGGUGGUUGUGUGGUUGUCCUUGGAAAAGUGGGUAGAAACGUGGCUGCUGGAAUGACUGGAGGGUUGGCUUACAUUCUUGAUGAAGACAGUACUCUCAUACCCAAGGUAAACAGAGAAAUUGUAAAAAUCCAACGCGUAUCAGCGCCUGUAGGGCAGAUGCAGCUGAAGAACCUUAUUGAAGCCCAUGUUGAAAAAACGGGGAGUAGCAAAGGGGCGGCGAUGCUGAAAGAGUGGGACAAGUACUUGCCGUUGUUUUGGCAGCUGGUUCCACCAAGCGAAGAAGACACCCCGGAGGCUAAUGCUGAGUAUGACACAAGAGAGGCUGAGCAGGUGACUUUGCAGUCCGCUUAGGAGCACAAUCCGAGCUUUACUUUUGAGUCCAGUAUCAUAUGGAGCCUCGGUGCAUGAAUCGCUGACGUGCCCAAACCCCCCCCCGGGGGGGCACAGAUGGAGAACAAAAUUCCAACUCUAAUUCAGGGGAUUAAUUUAUCCCCUCAGAGCCAUACGGCAACGCCACUUUUGGUUGCAGUUGGGGGUCGCCCCAUUCUCUCUUCCUAGUUUUGUAUAGAAGGCGCUUUGUACAAGAAAAUGUAGAUAAAAGGCACUCGAUUUCUGUCUGACUGAAAUUUUUUCUCUUUAAUUAAUUAAUGGGUUGAUUUUCCCAGUCUUCUCUUC